GAUGUGAUUGGGGUUGAGUAAAGGGGGACACAUUAUCCAGUGACAUAACAAGGGGGCGGGGGAGUUAGUUAGUAAUGGUUAUGGCUUCAAUAUUGUCGAUAUCUUCUUCUGUUUGCCUUUCCCUAUCCGCAGCAAAGAAGUCUGAAGUUCAGGAGCCGUCUUCUUGUUCCAUAGAUGUAGAGCGAAGAAAGAUGCUUGUGUCGUCCGUUGCCAUAAUUGCAGGUAGCUGCUUCUCCUUGUGCAAGAAUUCAAUCGCGGUUGCAGCUGAAUAUGCUGAUAUGCCAGCACUUAGAGGGAAGGAUUAUGGCAAGACCAAAAUGCGCUAUCCGGACUACACUGAAACUGAAUCCGGACUCCAGUUUAAGAAUGCAGGACUUGCGACCAGGAUAUGGCCCCAAACCCAACAAGGGUGACACGGUUGUGGUGGACUGGGAUGGGUACACCAUAGGUUAUUAUGGACGCAUAUUUGAAGCCCGCAACAAAACUAAGGGAGGUUCCUUUGAGGGUGAUGAGAAGGACUUCUUCAAAUUCAGAAUAGGAUAUCAAGAGGUCAUACCGGCUUUUGAAGAGGCUGUUUCAGGCAUGGCUCUGGGAGGCAUCAGAAGGAUAAUUGUACCCCCGGAGCUUGGAUACCCUGAUAAUGAUUUCAACAAGAGUGGGCCAAGACCAACAACAUUCUCGGUAAUACUCACUUCACUUGAUCAAUCUCCAUCUCUCUCAACUCUCAUCAUGAUGCAAUUGCAGGGCCAACGAGCCUUGGAUUUUGUGCUAAGAAACCAAGGCCUCAUAGACAAGACUCUCUUGUUUGACAUUGAGCUCCUCAAGAUUAUACCUACCUGAUUUCUCUGUUUCUUCUGCAUUCAGACUACAGCAUUGGGAUUUAGUGCGGCAUUCAACUAAACUUGGAAAGGAUCGUGCGGGUGGAUAUACUACUAUUUAUUCUUUUAAUUUGAGUUAUUGCAAAUAGAGUUACACUUACCCUGCCCAUCAUCAUAUCUUGAUUUUCUUCCCUAGCUACUUUACUCUCAAAAGCCGCAAUCAUCUCCGUGUUUUUUUUUUCUUGAAUCGGAUUGGGCCACUUAGAAACCAUCUGGAUUGGAGUCCAAGAUGUGCUAUGAAUGUUAUUGACGAAGCCUGCCACUUCGGUUGACUUGUAAACGAACUUUGAUUAAUGGUAUUAUGGUCGAAAAGCCUGUCAAGGGCCCAACUAUAGUAUGUUCCUUC